CAAGCGGGUUGGAUCUCAGUGACCUUGCUGCUGUUCUGCUUAGCUGCAGGAUAUAUAAAGAAAUUACCCCUAAUACUCUCAAUAUACCACCGAAACCAUAUAUAUAUCCGCCACAAGCAAAAUGUCCUCCAUAACCAUCGCAACCCUCCCCCGCAUCAGCCGCGAUGCCCUCUCAGCCCUCCUCCUCUCCACCUCCACCCCCAGCAAACUCGCCAUCAUCGAUGUCCGUGACUCGGACCACGUAGGCGGCCACAUCCACACCUCAACCUGGGUCCCCAGUUCCUCUCUCGACUACCGUCUCCCCGAACUCAUCCGCACCCUACAAGACAAAGAGAAAGUGGUUUUUCACUGUGCGUUGAGCCAACAGCGCGGCCCGUCCGCCGCGCUGCGGUAUGCUCGGGAGCGCGAGCGUAUCUUGGGUCAGGAGGAGAGCAAGAAGCAAGAGGUGUUUGUUCUUGAGGGUGGAUUCGUUCAGUGGCAGGAGAAGUAUGGGAAGGAUAUCAGGUUGACGGAGGCGUAUGUCGAGGAUAUUUGGAGGGAGUAUUAGGUCCUUUUGGAUGGGAUGGAUGGAUGGUUUGGUGUUGGUGAUACCCUUGUUUUUGCUGUUUGGUUUUCGGUGGAUUUGGAUAGAUUUAUAGGUGGGAUACUAGGGGAUGGGUUAGAGAGCUAUAACUGUGGACUGGGUAUACAUGUCGGCACAGAAUUAGAACUAUAGAUUACAGUUUGCUUAUAGAUGAUGGUUUUGGUACACGGUCUAUAC